AUACAUUAAUUCUAACUUUACAUGCAGACGUUGAGCCGGAGUUUAAAAUAUAUUUCAAUAGUAAAUACUCAUAUGGAAAGGCCAUAGAUUUAGUAAUAACAAGCACAGGAAAAAGAAUUGCAAUUGAGUUCGACAAUAUUAAAAUGGAGUGUAUAAAACUCGAUGGUGUUCAUAAUAGCUGGCAAGAGGCUACCCGCAUCUCACUAUCAUUAAUGAAAAAAUCUGAGAAGGAAAUUUUAAACCUUCAAAUUAAUGAUCAAUAUCGGCCAAAUCAAAAAACAGUUUGUGAAGCUUUGGAAUCUAAAAUAGUUAAAAAAUGCAAAGAGUAUUUACAACCUUUAAUUCAACGAAAUGAUGCAGAUUUAAAAUUCAU